AUGGGUGACGACGACGACGACGAGACAUUCUCGUGGCGAAAGUUCGCCAAGUUCCUCGGUCCCGGGUUCCUGAUGUGCAUCGGAUACGUCGACCCGGGGAACUUCGAGAGCGACCUCCAGGCGGGUUGCCUCUUCGGGUACUCCCUCCUGUGGGUCAUCCUGUGGGCGACCGCGUGCGGGCUGUUCAUACAAGCCCUCGCGGUCAGGUUAGCGCUCGCCACCGGGUGGCAUCUCUCUCGCGUGAUGCGCGACGAGUACUCGAAUCCGGCGCGGUACGCGUUGUGGUUCAUCACCGAGCUCGCGAUCGUCGCGAGCGACGUCCCGGAGGUGAUCGGCACCGCGCUCGCGCUGAAACUGUUGUUCGGGAUUCCGACCGUGAUCGGCGUCGCGAUCACGUCCGCGAGCACGCUGGUGUUUCUGCUGUUGCAGCAGCUCGGCGUGCGAAAGCUGGAAGCGUUCAUGGGCUCGCUCGUGGGCGUCAUCGCGGUUUGCUUCGUCGCGGAGAUGGGCCUCCUCGGCGGCGGCGACGGCGAAGAGGUGAUGGAAGGCGUCGUCGUCCCCCGGAUACGCGACGGGAACGCGCUGUUCAUCGCCAUCUCGCUCCUCGGCGCGGUCGUGAUGCCGCACAACUUGUUUCUGCACUCCGCGCUCGUGCUCUCGCGUCGGUUCCGAAUGGGCGAGAAGCCGCUGCGGACGGCGUUGAAGUACAACGUGCUGGAGUCGGCGUGCGCGCUCGCGGUGACGCUCGUGAUCAACUUCGCCGUCGUCAUCGUCGCCGCGCAGACGAUCGACGACCCGAGCAUCUCCGACGAGCGCCGACAGGAGAUCAUCGACCGACCGCUGCAGAACGCGCCGGACAUGCUCAAGCACGCGCUGGGGAGCUCGGCGAAGAUUUUAUUCGCCGUGGCGCUGCUCGCGUCCGGGCAGAGCAGCACCAUCACGGGGACGUACGCGGGACAGUUCGUCAUGGAGGGUUUCCUCGAGCUGAAGAUAAACCCGGUGCUGCGCGCGUUCCUGACGCGCAGCGCGGCGAUCAUUCCGUCGCUGCUCGUGUGCAUCAUCGCCGGGGACGAGCACGCGGAGACGCUCAUCGUGGUGUCGUCCGUGAUCCUGUUCUUCCAGCUGCCGUUCGCGCUCAUCCCGCUCGUGAAAUUUUGCGCGGCGGAAAACGUCAUGGGCGCGAUGCGGAUAUCGAACCGCCUCGCGAUCUUCACGCGCGUCCUCGCGUUCGUGAUCGUCCUCGCGAACAUGACCUUAGUCGUCCAAAGCAUCCACGCGAGCGGGUUGGUGAACGCGAGCGUCGGCGGCGUGUUCUUGGGCGUCUUCGUCGCGCUCAGUUCGCUGGCGUAUUGCGCGUCUUUGCUCGCGUUGUCGCUUCGGCCGGUGAUGCAGAACCUCACGCCCAUGGUCGCGAAGCGGCUGCAAGCGACGGAGACGCUGGAGUACGAGAGCGAGUACGAGGCGAGAGGGGACGGGGGGGGGAAAGGGCUGCUCGAGGACCUCGAGUAUUAGACGAGUUGAGGUGAACGUGCUCUAGUAGAAAUAAAACUCGCCCGUUUGGCAAAAUAAAAACAGCAGC